AUGGCUGCCGGGGCCGGCCGGGCGGCGGCGCGGGCCUGCGGGCGAGUCUUAGGAGGAGCAUUUCCUCUGCCUAAAGCGCAUUCCACCACGAAUAUGGAAGACGUGGGCCACCUGGUGAGGAAGAUCGUCCCUCCUCUGACCACCGAGAAGCACAAAGGCCAAGCUGGAAGAAUAGGCGUGGUGGGAGGCUGCCAGGAGUACACAGGUGCCCCCUAUUUUGCAGCCAUCUCAGCGCUCAAAGUGGGCGCAGACCUGUCGCACGUGUUUUGCACCCGAGAUGCUGCACCCGUCAUCAAAUCCUACAGCCCCGACCUCAUUGUUCACCCAGUGCUCGACAGCCCACAGGCCAAAGUCGAGGUGGACAAUUGGUUUUCGAGGCUGCAUGUGCUGGUUGUGGGGCCUGGCCUGGGCAGAGACAACGCCCUACUGGGCAGUGUGACGGGCAUUCUCCUAGCAGCGAGGGACCGGGACCUCCCUGUGGUCAUCGAUGCGGAUGGGCUGUGGCUUGUGGCCCAGGAGCCAAGCCUCAUCCACGGCCGCCGGAACGUGGUGCUCACCCCCAACCACGUGGAAUUUCGUAGACUGUGGGAGGCUGUGCUGAAGGAGCCCAUGGACAGUGGUGAUGGGCAUGCGGCUGUGCAGAGGCUCAGCCAGGCUCUGGGAAAUGUGACCGUCGUCCAGAAAGGACAGCAGGACGUGAUGUCGGAUGGCCAGGAGGUGCUUGUGUGCAACCAGGAGGGCAGUGCUCGCAGGUGUGGGGGACAGGGUGACAUACUCUCGGGCUCGUUGGGCGUGCUGCUGCACUGGGCACUGAUGGCAGGACCCAACAAGACCAAUGGCUCCAGCCCGACGCUGGUGGCCUCGCUGGGCGCUUGUGCCCUCACCCGGCAGUGCAGCCUCCGUGCCUUCAGGAAGCAAGGCCGUGCUACCACAGCCAGCGACAUGAUUGCUGAGAUUGGAGAUGCCUUCCACACGCUCUUUGAGGCCUGAGCAGGUGCCACGGACUGGGCAGGGUCUAGUCUGGGCUGCUCAGGCUGUGUGGUACCCUCUGAAGACACAGGCCCUCAGGGUUGUGUGAGGACCAGCGAAUCCCAUGGUCCAUUCUAUCAGCCCACUAACCUGUCUGUCGUCCACCUACCAACUCUCCUGCCUCUCUUUGUCUAUCUUUGUCUACCAACCCACCUACGUAUCUGUUGUCCACCACUAAGUCUCCUACCUAU